CAACGUUUGGCGGUUUGGGAACUACAUUACCCAGAAGGCGCUGCCCUACGCCGCGGUGGCUCUCGGCCAAUAAAACAGACGUUUCUGACGUGCAGAACCGCUGGGCGGGACUUCCGGCGUCGGCUUUGGGGCGGUCAUUUCGGGGUUUCGGCGGUCGGUCAGCCUGAUCAGAGGCUCCAGAAAGGUUGCUGUUGAGCUGAGGUGACCAGAGUGCGAAGGCGCGAGAGGAGACGGACGUUGUCUUCCUUGCACUGAGGCGGGUCUGACGUUCCGCAGCGGCGCCCGGGGGUCUCGCGAUUCUGGGUCGGGGACUGGGAUUGCUGGGGCCCGACCGGGACCUCCGCUCCCGGUGCCGCUCCUCCCACGGGCUCCGAUGGCGGUGGCCGCGCUGAGGGACCCGCCUCAGGGCCGAGUGACGUUUGAGGAUGUGGCCGUCUACUUCUCCUGGGACGAGUGGGGGCUCCUGGAUGAGACCCAGAGACUCCUGUACCGCAGUGUGAUGCUGGAGAACUUCGCACUGAUGGCCUCUCUGGGAUUCACAUCUUCCAGGACCUGUGAAAUUACCAAGUUGGAGUGGUGGGGAGAGCCCUUUCUGCCUCCCCCUGGAGUCAGGACUGCAGCCGUGCCAAGAGGUUGUGGGUGUGGAGCUGACAUGGAGGAGCCACCUUCUGAGCCGAGUGCUGAUGGAGAAGGAGUGCUCAGAGCAAAGCUUCCCCAACAGCAGAAGCUGAAUUCUGGAGAGAAACCCUUAAGAAAAGAAGAGGAUGAGGAGGGUGGGAAGGACUCCCCAGCUGGCACUGGUCUUCACAAGCAUCAGGUGGCUCAUGGUGGAGGGGCGCCGCACACAAGCACCAAAAGUGCGGAGGGCCCACCCCCUGGAAAAAGGUAUUACAGGUGCAGCGAAUGUGGGAAAGCCUUCGGUCAGAAGUACUUACUUGUUCAGCACCAGAGACUACACACUGGAGAAAAGCCUUAUGAGUGCAGCGAAUGUGGGAAGUUAUUUAGCCAUAAAUCCAACCUUUUUAUCCACCAAAUAGUUCACACCGGUGAGAGGCCUUAUGGGUGCAGUGAAUGUGGAAAAUCCUUCAGCCGCAACGCAGACCUCAUUCAACACCGGAGAGUUCACACUGGAGAGAAGCCUUUUACAUGCAGUGAGUGUGGAAAAGCCUUCAGGCACAACUCCACUCUCGUUCAGCAUCACAGAAUCCACACUGGAGUAAGGCCUUACGAGUGCAACGAAUGUGGGAAAUUCUUUGGCUUUAACUCCAGCCUCAUGAAACAUCAGAGAGUUCACACCGGAGAAAGACCUUAUAAGUGCAGCGAAUGUGGGAAAUUCUACAGCCACAAGUCAAGCCUUAUUAAUCACUGGCGUGUUCACACUGGAGAAAGGCCUUAUGAGUGCGGUGAAUGUGGGAAAUUUUUUAGCCAGAGCUCUAGCCUCAUGCAACAUCGAAAAGUUCACACUGGAGAAAAGCCUUUUAAGUGCAAUGAGUGCGGAAGGUUCUUCAGUGAGAAUUCUAGCCUCGUUAAACACCAGAGGGUUCACACUGGAGCAAGACCUUAUGAGUGCAGGGAGUGUGGCAAGUUUUUUCGUCACAGCUCCAGCCUUGUUAAACAUCGGAGGAUUCACACUGGAGAAAUGCCUUAUGAGUGCAGUAACUGUGGGAAAUCAUUUAGCCAGCGUUUCAACCUCAUUCAACACCAGAAAGUUCACAGUGCAGAAAAUCUUGAAUGUAGCCAAGGUGGAGAAGCCUUUAACCGAAGGUCUGCUCUGAUUCAGCAACAGAAACCUCACAACCCAAACAGGCCUUACAAAUACAGGGAACGUGAAGAAAGGUUUCAGCCAAUGGCUUAAGCCCAUUUGGCACCAGAAAGUUUAGGCUGGAGAAAGGCCUUAAGCGUGCAGGGUAUGUGCUAUCUCCUUGUCAACCUAAUUUAAACACAGACGCUCUCAGAGUAGCCUUUAUGACUGUGCCAACAACUGAGUAUCAUUCAUCCAAACAUGGACACUGGGGCGGGAUGAGAACUGGUGACAUACUCCCUUCCUGAGAGGCUAGCCCUCUGCCUGGGAGCUUCCUGUGUCCUUGGCUGCCUCAGUCUGGGCUGGGGUUUUCAUCUCUGAGUUUGGAGUAGGGACAGAAGGAGUGGUCUUGGUUCAGAUGUGACUGGCUCUUUGCUGUACUUCCAUACUACUAGAUUUUCUUAACAUUUAUUUAAUGCUUCUUCAUUUGCUGUAUAUCCUUAGGAUCAUUUCCAGGGGCUUUAAAAGGUGGCUUUUUUUCAAAAAAUAAUUUUUCCAGUUUCACUGGGAAGCGGAUCUGCAAAACUCCUCACACUGUCACGCUGGAAGUUGAUCCAAGUAUUUAAAUUUUAAAGAACUUGCCACCUUGUGUUCUAAAUGGUUAUGCCACGUCACAUUCUUCCUGGAGUGUACUAGAUUUCCAGGUUCCUCACAUCCUUGGUGACCUUUGUAUGUAAGACACUGGCCAUUCAUUUCAGCCAUUCUAGUAGCUGUGAAGUAGUAUUUCAUUGUGGUUUUAAUUUGCAUUUCCUGAAUGACUUCUCCCUGUGUAUCUGCCAUCCAUAUAUCUUCUUUAGUGAAUUAUCUGUUCGAAGUUUUUUGCCUAUUAUUAAAAGAACUGUCUUGCAAUUUCUUAGCAUAUUCUGGAUGCAAGUUACUCAUCUGAAGUGCUUUACCAGUAUUUCCCCACAGUCUGUGGCUUUGGUUUUCACUCCUUCACAGUAUCUUUCCUGGAGUAGAAAUUCUCAAUUUUCAUAAAAUCCAGUUUAUCCAUUUACUCUUUUAUUGAUUGUACUUUUGGUAUUGUAGUCUUUUGUUUUUUUUCUUCUUACACUACUUUAUCUUUGCCUGGAAGAAAAGCCUUAUCUCAGUAUGGUACUGGAGUCUUAAGAGUCAUCCAAUCUUGUGAAAUCGUACAGAUUUACAUACAGAUAAAACCCAAUAUAUAUAGACAUGUUUAGACAUGAACAUAACUCCUAUCUCUUCUGAGAUAGCCUCAAAAGCAGCCUAAGAAUAUUUACUGUCCAUUUGUUGGCUUAUGAAUACAAUGUUUCAUAAAACAAGAAUCAGAACUCCUUAGGUAGAAGGCUAUUUUCAGGUUGGGGCCAGCAGACUAUAACAUGAGCCUAAGAAAUAUUCUUACAUUAGAAAGUAAAGAAAUACUCAAAGAAUAAUGUUGAUGUAUUAGCUUUCUACUGCUGUCCUAACAUUGCCACAAACCUAUGGCUUAAACAACACAAAUUUAUUACAUUAUCGUUCUGUAGGUCACAUGUCUUGAGACCUCGGCUCACCGGGCUAACCUUGAGGUGUUCGCAAGAUUGUGAUUUUUUUUUUCUGGAGUGUUUAAAGGAAAUCCUGUUUCCUGCUCAUUUGAGUUGUUGGACAAUUUUAGUUCCUUGUGGUUGUAGGACUGGUAGUCCUAUUUUCUUGGUGGCUGUCAGCUACAAGUCAUACUUGGAACAUGUAAGAAUUUUACAAACUAUUUAAAGAUGAAAUAGUACAACUUAUAUACAAAUUCUUCUAAAACAAGAUUCAGACACUUCCCAGCUAGUUAAGUGAACCCAGCACUAACACAAUUCAAAAGUGGAUGAUGGUAUUAAAAUAUUACAGACCAAUACCCACAUGAACAUAGAUACAACAAAACCUUAACAAAAUUUUAGCAAACUGAAUCCAAC